AAGUUAUUUCUGCAAAAAAACCUUCAAAAUUCUCUAUUAAUCUACUGGUUCAGGUAACUGUAUAUAUACGAUACCUUUAUGAGUGGCUAAUACUCCUCUUUAUGGUGCUUUUUUGAGGAAAAUGUGCGUAUUUUGAACCACAUUCAUCAAAGUUGUUUACCUUGGUCACUGGUUGCUGUUGGUUGUCAAGGAUAAGAGAGAUUUGCAUUUGAGGCGAAAGGCGGCUGAAAACAUCGAAUAUGAGGUUCAAGACUCACGUAUUAAAAGAAUCAAAACAUAAGGAUCUUGUAAGUUGUGUCGGUUGGACAUCAGCUGAUGAGCUGUUUUCUAGUGGAGAUGAUCACAGCAUAUUGAAAUGGAAUCUGUUAUCAGAUGAAACCACACAGGUCAUGAAAUUGCCAGCAGAGAUCUUUCCAACUGACAUACACUGGUUUCCACGUGGCGCUGGAGGAAAAAAACAAAGUCAGUCAGAGCUUUUUGUCCUCACCUCAACAGAUGGUAAAUUCCACUUGAUAUCUCGGAAUGGUCGUAUUGAGAAAUCCGUUGAAGCUCACAGGGGUGCUGUGCUGUCUGGAAGAUGGAGCCUUGAUGGAUCAGCAAUGGUGACAGUUGGAGAAGAUGGCCAAGUAAAGAUAUGGUCUAGGAGUGGAAUGUUAAGAUCAACACUGGUUCAAGCAGGGACCCCAGUAUAUUCUGUAUCAUGGAGCCCAGACUCUGACCAGAUUCUUCACACAAGUGGAAAGCAGUUAGUGAUUAAACCUUUACAAGCUGCUGCUAAACCAGUGCAGUGGAAAGCUCAUGAUGGAAUUGUGUUAAAAGUGGACUGGAAUCCUAUCAAUAACUUGAUCAUAUCUGGGGGAGAAGACUGCAAAUAUAAGGUCUGGGACAGUUACGGCAGAGUGUUGUAUUCCAGCAUGUUGCAUGAAUAUCCUAUUACCAGUAUUUCAUGGGCUCCAGAUGGUGAACUCUUUGCUGUUGGGUCUUUUAAUACUCUGAGACUCUGUGACAAAACUGGGUGGUCAUACACUCUGGAGAAACCCAAUACUGGCUCAAUCUUUAACAUUUCCUGGUCAAGUGAUGGAACACAGCUUGCUGGUGCUUGUGGGAAUGGACAAGUUAUCUUUGCUCAUGUCAUUGAAAGACGUCUCGAGUGGAAAAACUUUGAAGUAACAGUAACAGACCGCAAGAGCAUUCUCGUCAGAGAUGUAAUGAAUGAUGUGAAGGAAUCAUUGGACUUCCGAGAUCGUAUUAUCAAGACUUCAUUGGCUUUCAACCACCUUGUUGUAGCAACAACAUCUCAGUGCUACAUAUACAGUGUCAGAAACUGGAACACACCAAUGAUAUUUGACCUCAAGAAUGGAAACAUCACCCUUAUUGUCCAGACUGAAAAACACUUUCUUCUAGUUGAUGACUCAGGACUUCAAGUUUACUCAUAUGAGGGUCGUUUAACCUGUGUUCCAAAGUUUCAAGGGCUAAGGACUGACACCUUGAAUGAACAAACUUGUACAUUAAGCAAUGAUACACUUGCAGUCAAAGAUCGCAAAGAUGAGAAAGUUAUCCAUUUAUUUGAAACUCAGACAGGAAAGCCAGUUGGAAGUGGCCAGCCAAUCCAACACUCUCUGGAAGUAAUGGAGAUUUCUCUGAGCCAGUGUGGUCAGACUAGUGACAGGCAACUGGCCAUUAUUGAUAAAAACAGAGAUCUUUAUCUUACACCUGUCAAACACAUUGGUCCAGCUGAAAGAUUGGUUAAACUUGGAACAAUGAUAACAACCAUGGCAUGGAAUGACAACACAAACAUGUUAUCAGCAUUCCAGGAUGGUAGAUUUAUUGUUUGGUACUAUCCAAGUGCUGUGUACGUUGAUCAGGAUAUCCUGCACAAAACACUUCUUGAGAAAGAUUCCAGUGAUUUUGGAAAGAACCCCCAGAUCGUCAGCUUCCUGGAAAAUCACUGCACAAUGAGAAGAGCUGAUGGCUCCCUGUGCAGCACAAUAAUUUCACCAUAUCCUUCAAUGCUACACAAGUAUGCCAGUGAGUCAAAGUGGCAAGAUGGUAUUCGACUUUGCAGAUUUGUAAAGGACACUGUUUUGUGGGCAUGUUUAGCGACAAUGGCUGCUUAUGCAAAGGAUCUCAACACGGCAGAGACAGCAUAUGCUGCUAUAGAUGAGGCUGACAAAGUCCAAUACAUCAAUCACAUCAAGGAAAUUCCUACUAAAGAGGGAAGGAAUGCUGCCAUGGCAUUGUUCUGCAGACAGACUCAAGAAGCAGAGACAAUUCUCCUACAAGCUGGACUCAUUUACAGAGCAAUACAGAUGAACAUAGAUCUCUUUAACUGGGACAGGGCCCUUGAACUUGCUGUUAAGCACAAGACUCAUGUGGACACAGUUCUAGCACACAGACAGAAAUAUCUGGAGAACUUUGACAGGAAGGAAACAAGCAAACGUUUUCUUCAGUAUGCACAAGGGGUGGAAGUUGACUGGGACAAAAUCAAAGCCAAGGUUGAAAUGGAGCUACAGAAAGAGGCAGCAAGCAAGUUGAUUGCCAACAAAGUUGUGUUCAACUUUUCAUCUGUCACUGCUCAGCUGUUUUGUAGCAAAUACAGCAAGUACAAGAUGGCGGCCAACAUGGCUAUUCUUUUAGAAAGAAAAUUGUUUUUCCGAUUUCUCGGCGCCAAAAGUAGGAAGCAAUUAGUUUGGAAUUUUGGUUCCAACUAUACUACUGGCCCAAGAGCAAUUAAGAAGGUUGUCAUUGCCAACAGAGGUGAGAUUGCCUGUCGUGUCAUGAAAACAGCCAAGAAAAUGGGGAUAAGAACAGUUGCUGUGUACAGUGAUGCAGAUGAAAAUUCCAUGCAUGUAGACACAGCUGAUGAAGCCUUUCACAUUGGGGCAGCUGCAUCUCGAGAAAGUUAUUUGAAAAUGGAGAAAAUCAUUGAAGUUGCCAUCAAAAGUGGAGCACAGGCCAUUCAUCCAGGCUAUGGCUUUUUAUCAGAGAAACCAGAAUUUGCUGAGCUUUGUGAGAAAGAAGGGGUAAUAUUUAUUGGACCACCAGCUUCAGCGAUCAGAGAUAUGGGUAUAAAGAGUACAUCAAAGGCCAUCAUGGGUAAUGCUGGAGUGCCAAUCAUUGAAGGUUACCAUGGUGAUGACCAAUCAGAUGAGAGAUUGAGACAGGAGGCAGAGAAAAUAGGAUAUCCUGUCAUGCUCAAGGCUGUCAGAGGUGGAGGAGGAAAGGGGAUGAGAAUUGUAAUGAAGCCUGAGGAUUUUGAUGAUGCCCUUGAGUCAGCUAGAAGGGAAUCUUUAAAGUCCUUCAAUGAUGACAACAUGUUGGUGGAGAAGUUUGUAGACACUCCCAGACAUGUAGAGGUUCAAGUAUUUGCUGACACCUUUGGCAACACAGUGUACUUGUUUGAGAGGGACUGCAGUGUUCAAAGAAGACAUCAGAAAAUCAUUGAAGAGGCUCCUGCCCCAGGUGUAUCCUCUGAGGUGCGGCAGAAAAUUGGUGAGGCAGCUGUGAGGGCAGCGGAGGCAGUUGGUUAUGUUGGAGCAGGUACUGUUGAGUUCAUUAUGGAUAAAGACCAAAAUUUCUACUUCAUGGAAAUGAACACACGUUUACAGGUUGAGCAUCCUGUGUCAGAGAUGAUCACAGGACAGGAUCUGGUGGAGUGGCAGCUGAGAGUCGCUGCAGGUGAAGCCUUACCACUCACACAGGAGGAUAUCAAGCUAACAGGACACUCGUUUGAGGCUAGAAUUUAUGCUGAAGAUCCUGAUAGUGAUUUUCUCCCAGGCGCAGGCCCUCUAUUGCACCUUUCAACACCGCAACCAUCUGACACAAUCAGAGUCGAAACAGGAGUACGACAAGGUGACGAAGUAUCAGUGCAUUAUGAUCCAAUGAUAGCAAAACUUGUAGUUUGGUCAGAAAGCAGGGACCAAGCUCUGAGUUUGUUGAAAGAGUCUCUGCAGAAGUAUCAUAUCGUGGGACUGAACACAAAUAUCGGUUUCUUGUCAAAUCUGUGUGAACACAGCCAUUUCAAGGAGGGUGACGUUCACACUGAUUUUAUUAAGCAACAUUAUCAAGACCUAUUCCCAGUAAAAACACCGCUGAGCCACGAAAUACUGGCGCAAGCAAGCUUGGGACUCUUAUUACUCGAGAGACAGGAGCAGGAAAAACGAGCUGCGCUCUCUUCUGAUCCGUUUUCAGUGUGGAAUUCUAAUGUGAGCUUCAGACUCAAUAAUGUUGCGAAGAGAAAAAUACGACUUGACGAUGGUGAUAGAAAGGUUUACAUCAUUGUUUCCUACAACAAGGAUGGAACUUAUAAUUUAGAGAUCGAUGGCCGUCGCAUGCACGUUAAAGGCAAGCUACAGACAGAAGAAUCACGAGUUAGCCUCACAGCUAAUGUGGAUGGACGUGUCUUCAAGUCUUGGCUUGUUGACUUGGAGGGAACCCUGCAUAUAUUUACCAAGGAUGGCUGUCACAAAUUACAACGCCCUGUUCCCAAGUUCUUGAGGGGCGGUCCAUCAGCUGUCUCCCAAGGUUCUGCGGUAGCACCAAUGACAGGCACUGUUGUAAAGGUUUUCGUGGAGCCAGGACAGACGGUCAAAGAGGGCGAGACGCUAGUUGUCAUGGAAGCUAUGAAAAUGGAGCACGUAAUUCGGGCCCCGAAAUCUGGUGUGAUAGAAAAAGUGUUUUACUCUUCUGGCCAAGCUGUGAAUAGGCAUGCGCAGCUAGUACAAUUCCAGGAACAGGGAGAGGAACAAAAAUCUGAAGACGACGACGAGGAAGGGCCUGAGGCCGAGUGAAAAAAAUUGACAUCGCGCGGACUGGCCUGGUGGCUGGUUACGAUUGUUAGAGGCAACUCCAAAGUUAAUAUUGCGUUACAAAGAUUUGAAUCACCCAAUUGCGGUUGUGGUCAUCAAUUUGAUGAGACAGAUAGAUGAGAAGUACUAUAAAUUCCUCGUUUUCUUUCAACGGAGU